UGUUGUGUGAAUAAAAAUAAGGGAAACUUGUUCACAUUUUCUUAAAGAUAAUUCUUUUGAAAACUUCAUUCAAUCGUUGAAUCAAAGUUCGAAAAAAGUAAUUACGACGGUUUAAUUCACAAUUGUUUUCAAACUUUAAACACUUUUCUGCAGAAUUGUGUCAAGAGCGAGUAUUAAGGGAAGAAUUGGAGCGAGCAACAAAAAAAAAACAUUUGAAACAAACAGUGGCUCGAAAAUAUUGGAUAAAAAGAAAGAACUUUCCAGUGAAAGUGCAACAUAUACGGCAUACACAUACUCUUUGUAGCACUGUGAAAUAUUUGUAAAACAAUAAAAUAUUCAUUAUUCGAUGGACGGACUGUGAUUCGAAAAAACAUAUAUGUAAAGCAAUAUAUGGCUUUAUAUUUGAAAUUGAAUAACCAUUCAAUUAUGUCCGAAAAGCCAAUUUUGUAUAUGGUACCACCGAGUCCACCGUGUCGGGCCGUUUUUUUAACUGGUGCCGCAUUAGGAAUAGAUUUUGAAUUGAAAACCGUGGACUUUGCGAAUGCAGAACAUAAAUCGGAGGAAUAUCUGAAGAUGAAUCCAAUGCACACUGUGCCACUUCUGGAUGAUGAUGGUGUAUUGAUAGCCGAUAGUCAUGCAAUUUGUGCAUAUUUGGUGGAUAAAUAUGGUGCUGAUGACGAUUCACUUUACCCUAAAGACUUGGCUAAACGCGCUCAAAUCAAUUCACGUAUGCACUUUGAUUCAAGUCAUCUCUUUGCUCGCUUGAGAUUCAUUUUGGAGCCAGUGCUUUUUCAAAAGGCAACUGAAACGCCGGAGGAUCGUAUCAAGAAUGUCGAAGCUGCGUGGGAUAUUUUGGAGUGUUUUCUCUCUGAAUCACCAUAUGUUUGUGGCGAUGAUAUGACUAUUGCUGAUUUCUGUUUGGUCGCAACUGCGUCGUCUUUGACUGAAAUCGUGCCAUUGGACCCAGACAAUCAUACAAACAUUAUUCAAUGGAUUGACCGCCUCUCGGAAUUACCGUACUACGAAGAAUUGAAUGGCGCUGCUGGCAGAGCACUGCAAGCCGCUUUCUUUGAUAAGCGUACUAACAAUGCCGAAGAAAAUUGA